AUGUCCUCUGGGUCCAGGCCUGGGAAGGGGUGCGUGGGCGCCCUGGGCGCUAACUCUGGACCUCCCUGCGUCGCCUUCUACAGCCCACGAGACCCCACCCACCACGGCCCCACCCACCUAGACCCCGCCCCAGAGCCCCGCCCAGACGCAGGUUUCGGGAAACCCUCUUCCAGGCCCCGCCCCGACGCCGUCCUGGGACAGAUCCCGGCCCAGACGCACGCGGCUCGGAGCGGUCGGGCACCGCGGGGAGCGGGCGGGGACCUCUGGAGCGACUCUCACCCGCCCCCCCUGCGCCAGCGAGGCUCCAGCGCUCACCGUCGCGCCGCGCCGCCAGUUUCUCGCCGUCGGGGUCCCCGAGCCCCGCUGCUGCACCCUUUCCGACCCCUGCAGGGCCUGGCGCACCGCCGGGCAUGGAGCCCUUACUUCAGGAAGCUGCUGACCUUCCUGUCCUUCUGGGACAAGAUCUGGCCGGCGGGCGCGCCGCGGUUCCCGAACCCGGACUCCGACGCCGACGUGGAGCCGGAACCCGCGGCAGCGGAGCCCCCCACCGCGGAGCCCUGCAACCCCCCGGCCCCCGCGCAGCUCUUCAGGGCUGACUUCACGGCGCGGAGCGCGGAGGACCUGAGUGUCAGCCGCGGGGAGAGGCUGCACGCCCUCAGGGAGGAGGGCGGCUACAUCCUCGCCCGCCGGCUCGCGGGCUGGCCCAGCACGGGGCUGGUGCCCAUCACCUACGUGGCCAAGGCCGCCCCCGAGACGCUCUGGAACCAGCCCGAGUACUUCAGUGGCAUCAGCCGAACCCAGGCCCAGCAGCUGCUCCUGCCCCCACCCAGCGCGCUGGGGGCCUCCCCCGUGCGGCCCAGCGAGAGCAGCCAUGGGGACUACUCCCUGUCAGCUAGGGCCCGGACCAAAGUCCACCACUACAGCAUCCCCACAGCAGCCACCGGCAGCCUCUCCCUGCAGAAGGACCAGCUCGUCCCCAGCCUGGAGGAGCUGCUGGCCUAUUGCAAAGCCCACUGGAAGCUGCGACAGCCCUGGGAGCCCCAGAAGCCCCCUGAACAGGACGAGUGGCAGCGACCCCGCUCUGCGUUCACCCUGCGGAGGAAGCUGGGCGAAGGCUACUUCGGGGAGGUGUGGGAAGGCCUGUGGCUGGACUCCAUGCUCGUGGCGGUCAAGGUCAUCAGACCAGGUGGGUGGGGGCCCCCUGGAGCCUGGGGCAGUGGCGGUGGGCAGCAGGAGCACAAGUAUGUGGGCCUCUGGGACUUCGAGGCCCGCACAGCCCAGGAGCUGAGCUUCCGGGCAGGGGACCUCUUCCAUGUGGCCAGAAAGGAGGAGGAGUGGUGGUGGACCGUGCUGCUGGACCGGGUGGGCAGGGCUCUGGCCAAGGAGACGGUGGGGUUGGAGCCGUGGUUCUUUGGCCGGAUCUCUCUCUCGGAAGCCCUGCACCGACUGCAGGCCACGGGCAAUGAGCUGGGGGCCUUCCUGAUCCGGGUCAGCGAGAAGCCGGGCGCCAACUGCGUCCUCUCGGUGCGGGACCAGCAGACCGUUCGCCACUACAAGAUCUGGUGGCAGGACGGCCAGUUGCACCUCAACGAGGCUGUGUCCUUCCUCAGCCUACCCAAGCUCGUGGACCACCACGAGGCCCAGAGCCUGUCCCACGGCCUGUGGCUGACCUCGCCCCGCCGAAAGCAUGAGCUGGAGCCCCUGCCCCACUGUGACGAUUGGGAGAGGCCUCGGGAAGAGUUCACGCUCUGCAGGAAGCUGGGCUCCGGCUACUUUGGGGAGGUCUUCAAAGGGCUCUGGAAGGACAAGGUCCGAGUGGCCAUCAAGGUGAUCGUCCGAGCUGAGCUUCUGCGUCGGCACACGUUCUAGUCGGAGAUCCAGGCCAUGAAGAAGCCGCGGCACAAGCCCAUCCUGGCUGUGGGGGACCCUGGGUACAUCAUCACAGAGCUCCUGCCCAAGGGGAGCCUGCUGGAGCUGCUGCGGGACUCCGAUGAGAAAACCCUGCCCAUCUCGGAGCUGGUGGGCAUUGCAGCACAGGUGGCCGGGGGCAUGUGCUACCUGGAAUUGCAUAAUUACAUCCACGGGGAUCUGGCCGCCAGGAACAUCCUCGUGGGGGAAAACAACAUCUGCAAAAUCGGGGACUUGGGGCUGGGCAGGCUCAUCAAGAACGUCUACCUCUUCCAUGACCACAGCAUCCCUUACAAGUGGACUGCCCCCGAGGCACUCUCCCGAGGGCAUUACUCCAUCAGAUCUGACACCUGGUCCUUCGGGGUUCUCCUCCAUGAGAUUUCCAGCAGGGGUCAGAUGCCCUGUCCAGGUACUGGGCAUGUCCAUACCUUCCUGAGGGUAGAGGCGGGCUACCGCAUGCCCUGCCCCCUGGAGUGCCCACCCACCACACACAAGCUGAUGCUCUCGUGCUGGCACAGGGACCCCGAGCAGAGGCCCCGCUUCAAAGGGCUGCGGGAAAAGCUCUCCAGCCUCAGAAGGUACGAGAACCUGCUGCGUCGGCCGCCUCCUUGACACUGCCUGAAGGCCAAGCCAGCCCUCGUGAGGGGCCUGAGCAACCUCGGAUCAUGGGAGU